AUGAGAAUUCCUCCACGACUUGUGACAGUUACCAAAAUGAUUUCAGUUUUCACCAUAUUUAACUUCUUCUUCAAAGCAAACCAUCACGUCCCCAUCGUUCAUAAAUCCAAGACAACAAAAACCAAUUGCCAACACUACAUAUAUAUAAACGCUCUCUAUUUAAGCUUCCAGAAUAUACAAUUCAGAUACACACAUUUUGGCAAUGGCUGUUCCUGUUGCCGUAAUUUGGUGGUGGUAAUACUAGUACCAUUUAGUGGGGUUGUGAAUGGAAAAGAAGAGCUUAAGGGGUGUGAUAUAUACAAUGGAAGAUGGGUUUAUGACACUUCAUAUCCUCUAUACAAUUCAAGUCAGUGUUCCUUCGUAGAGACACCAUUUGCUUGCCAGCAAAAUGGUCGUCCUGAUAAUCUUUAUGUCAAAUACAGAUGGAAACCCUAUUCAUGCAACCUGCCAAGGUUUAGUGCAACUAAGUUCUUGGAGAAGUAUAGGAAUAAGAGAAUAAUGUUUGUGGGAGACUCCAUAAGCUUGAACCAGUGGCAGUCACUCGCCUGUAUGCUUCAUUCUCGAGUUCCUCAUGCUGCUCACAUUUCAGAGCGAGUCGAAGGUGUCUCUACCUACACCUUUCUGGACCACAAUGUGUCGUUGAUACUUUCCAGAAACGCACUGCUUGUAGACAUCGCUCACAAGUCAUGGGGGAGGGUUCUGAAACUGAAUUCCAUUUCUGAAGAUGAUGCUAAACUGUGGCGAGGGAGCCAUGUCUUGGUGUUCAACUCGUGGCAUUGGUGGCUUCACCGUGGCAGGAAACAACCAUGGGAUUUCAUUACAGAUGGAGAAGAUUUACAUAAAGACAUGGAUCGUUUAGCUGCCUACGAGAUAGCCUUGUCAACAUGGGCUAAAUGGGUAAAUGAGAACAUUGAUUUUACCAAAACUGAAGUAUUCUUCCAAGGGAUUUCACCAACGCAUACGAAUGCUAAAUUAUGGGGGAACUAUGAUGGAGAGAGUUGCCGUGAAGAAACAAGGCCAAUGUUUGGGUCACCAUAUCCAAGAAAAAGGCUUCCAGCUGAAGUGAUAGUUGAGAGAGUGAUAGGCAGCAUGUCUAAGAGGGUACAUUUGCUCAAUAUAACAAGACUGUCACAGCAAAGAAAAGAUGCGCAUCCUUCUGUUUAUGGCAUACCAGAAAAGCAUCUUCAAAUUGGCAUGGAUUGCAGCCAUUGGUGUCUUCCGGGAGUUCCUGACACAUGGAAUGAGCUCUUGAUUGCUGAGCUCACAAGGAGUUAAGAUUGUAUUGCCAUGCCUGCACUGAAUGGAUAAGGGAGGCACAAAUAUCAAAGUAAUGAAAGAAUAUAAAGUAAAUGAUUUUCUAUACACCGCUUCAGUUUCAAGUAAUUAAGUCCAGAAGUACAAUAAUCGGCCUAUUUUCCUGGUGUUCUUUAUCUAUGAAUUGAAAAAGGAAUAAUAAUUUGGUCUGUCUCCUGAUUAGACCAAAAGAUAGAUAGAUGCAAGUUUCAUGUCAAUUUCAGAUAAUAUUUACCUUUCAGUCCGUUCUCUUUCAUAUUAACUUUUAUGCAUCAAUUCCAGUUAUCUUUCCUUUCAAAAUACUAAUUACUGUACAUUUUAUCGUCCAAA